AUGGAAACAGUUAACAAAGUCGUCAAUGCAGCCACGGCCGCCCUCUGGGGCGACGGCACCACAGUUCAGCAGCAGUCGACACCACACGGUGAAGAGCCCAUUGCCGGUGUUCAAGGCAAGGGCAGCUUCAAUGACCCCUACGACGCUGGUAACCGCGAGGAACAACCCGGAUCACCCAGCUUAGAAGGAAACACCGCCCCACAAGAGCCGCAACUCGAUGGUGCAAAGCCGGAUCCGACCCGUAAAGACCUGAUCGCGGAUAUAAAGACCGACGACGUCGAUCUAGAAAAGACUACUCCCAGCGCCCCCAUUCUCGCCCCUCCCACUCUGACAUCCCCCGCCCUCUCUCCCGUUCCCGUCGCUGGUGCAUCUUCGAGCUCGACACCAGCCGAAGCAGGCGGAAGCAGUGCCGUCACAGGCGAGCCUAAAACCGAGCAGCGCUCAACUGAACCCACCGAGGGACAGAGUAGCCAGCGUUCUUACGCCGCUGACCACCGCGAGGUGAGCGAGGAGGCAUUGAAGGGCCCGCAAGGCCCGGCCCCCGUUCCUGCGGAAGAAUUCGAGAAGGAGGCUAAGGGGCUGAAGCCUGUGAAGAAGGAGGGCACUGUUGAGAAUGGUUCGUCUAAGAGUGCUAAGUCUUCUCAAGGGAGUGAGAAGGGGAAUGGGAAUGGGAAGCAUAGUCCACUGCAUAGGAUGAAGGAGAAAUUGAGCAAGGUGGCGCAUCCGCGUCAUGGGAGCAACAAGGCUUAG